AUCCUGCAAUUGUCCAGCAACUGCAUUCAGUAAGUAAUUUUGAAAUACCAUAUUAUUUUACUUUUUCAGAAUAACAGAAAAUACUUUUGCUAAGCUCUUUGAGACAAUAAUUGUGAGAAAGGUAAACCACUAUGUUGUUCCCAACUGUGUUACAGGCAGGUGAAGACAGAAGUAAAGCCAGUCAACAGAAAGCCAAAGAACUUCUAGCGGUCCUUCUCCAAGCCGACAUCAUUAAGUUUGCCCAUUUCUUGGUGGACAUCAUUAAUGUCCUCAGCAUUCUGUCCCAUGUCAAUCAGAACAGAAAUUCCUCAAUUGCUGACAUAUUUGCCACUUUAGAGUCAACGCUGGAAAUGCUCAGAAUGUACCAGUCAAGACCAGGGCCAAAAGAAUGCAGGGUGGAUUCAGCCACACAAUUUCAUGGUAAUAACCUCAGAGGAAAGGGAAACAUUUCUGCCGUGAGAAACAUGGUGUUAACACAUCUCAUCAAGAGGCUGCUAGGCUGUUUCCAAGAUGCUAGCCAAGAUGUGGUGAGAGCAUCCAUGACUGGAAGCUUCAAACUGUGGCCCAGAAAGAUCAGUCAAGAAUUUGGAGAAAAAGAAAUAUCCAUCCUGAUUGCACAUUAUGAGCCAGUGUUGGAAGCUGCCAAUGUGAAAAUCGAUGAAGUGGACACUGAAUGGAGCAUGUUGAAAUUAGAGGUUUAUGCCAGAUUUAAGAACGUUCGCAAGUUGACCUGGGAUUUUGUGAAUUCGGUUUACCUACACAAGUAUCCAAAUAUCCUGACACUGGUAGACCUAGUAUUGAGCCUUCCUGGAAGUUCAGCUGAAGCAGAACAUGGGUUUAGUCAGAUGAAGAAUACCAACUCACAAUGCAUGUGAAAAUCAAGGCUGAGAGUAUGACUGAUUUCCUGAUAAUUCAGUUGAAUUCUCCAGACAGUAAUAACUUUGACCCUAGGAAAGCUAUCCAUUUAUGGAAUACAAGAACACCAUCUUCAACAGGUGAUACAAGAUCUAGCUCUGAUUGUUCAUCAGACUCAGAAACCCAUUAUGAAAGUGAUUAGUAAUUUGAAAAAUGUUGACUUCGUCACUGAGCACAGCCAAGGGGAAACAAAAAAAAAGAUUUCCAAAAAACUGAAAUUUAAAAAAGGAAAAUAGUAACUAGUCUUCAUCAAACAGAAAAGACAUUUGGCAUCUUCCAAGCACAAAGCACAAAUUCAAAGUGGUUUCCUGCAACUUCUAACUAGUACUUCUGUAUCCAUUCUUUCUCAUUCUUUGGGUGGAGGGGUGUGCUCUUGAGCAGUGGUAUUAUUUUGCUGUUAACUUUCUGAGAGUUACUAUUAACAAUGGCUACAUAACUUAGACCAUGAUUAUGGUCUGAGUUCUCUUAAACCUAGCAUACUAGAUUUUUAUCCUGGAUAAUUAUAAAUGACUUUGCAUUAGAUAGCUAAUGUAUGGCCAAAUUGAAAGACAGUUUCUUUUGUGUCCAUGAACAAAAUUUUUAAGUGCACCUGUUACUUCAUUAUAUAUGGAAAUCAUGUCACUGAAUGUCUUGGCCAUUUAAGUAACACGGUCAACCAUUAAAAUUGCCUUCACGUUUCACACCAAGAGCCUCAGAUUAACAAUUUAUUUGCAAACCGAAAGUACCGUUUUACAACACUGUUUUCCACCACCGCCAUUAGAGACAGUGGAAAUACAUUGUUCACGCACCAGAAUUUUUAAAUACUUUGAGCCCCUUCAUGAUUCCAACAGCUUUUAUUUAUGGUUUCAUCUCGAGGAACAUUAAUGAUUAUUUCUAAUUUAUCUGAAAACCAAUGUAUCAUAUAAAGCUCAUUUUACUGAAAAUUUUACUACGUGGGAAAAUAUUGUCACCUCUGUAAAAUUGGAUACUCAGGUUUAAUCAAAAAAGAUAAAGAAUUUGUUUCUGAACAACCUGCUGGAUGGCCACUGAGAUCAAAGAAAGAAAGGUUCUGCUCUUGCUACUCAGAAAAUUACCUUCCCAAUCUCAAACUUGGUCAUGUUGUUUGAACCACUGCAAUUUUUAAAGGAUUGCUGCAUUUUCCUAAAGGUUAUAGGCAAUGAUAAAGUUCAUGUAGGACUUUCAGAAAUGCUAAAAACUUAGAUUUAAAAGGAACAAAUUGAGAUACUACAUCUUUGUUUCACUCUUUUGAUUCCUAAACAAACGGGAAUAGCUAUGUACUCUGGACCUGAAAGAUACCGGAAUACACAUAGGAGUCUCUCCUGGCCCUAAAAGGUAUCUCUGCUGUGUAGUAGUAGUCAAGAUUUUUUUUUUUUUUUUUAAAGCAGAUUCAUUUCCUUUGUUUUCUUCUUUGGUAAUGCAUAUGCAUGCAAUCUGAAUUGAGAAACAGGCAAAAUAAACAUUUUGUUUUGGGCACAGUGAAGUAAGUUAUAUAACAGCAAAGCAUCUAAAACGUUAGCCAUCUUUCAUCACGUGGAAAUACUGAGCUAAUUAAAUGAUUAAAUGAGCACUUUCAAUCCCAUAAUUUAACAAUUCAGAUUGCCCUACAUUUACAGAAGCAAAUAUAUUAUGAUCUAAAGGGCAACAUGAGGAUAAAUGCGUUACCUUGAACACAGUAAUGGUUUGCAUGCAUUUGAAACACAUUCAUCCCGUAUUUACCAGAAAUGUUUACUCUUAUGCCCUAUUGCAUAUAAGAAAUCUCAGAGAAUUAAAAAAAAAGUAGUCAACCUAUCCUGACUAAAAGGUCAAAGAAGACUCCAAACUAAAGAAUAUAGUCUCAGUAUUUUGCCCAAUCUGGAGUGCAUUAUUACUACGGUAAAAAGAAUGUUUUGACUUAGCUGAGAAAUAAUAAUGCGAGAGCAUCAGGAAAUCGAUUAUUAGUUUCUGGUUUUUGAAAUGUGUUCUGUUUCUCUAAAGGUUACAUUUUUAAAUAUAUGAAGAAAAUUGUUUUACAGAGGAAAAAAAAAACCCUAUCACAUAAUAUAAAUAACAACAUAUUUUUUCCUUGUAUUUCUAGGCAUCAUAGGAAAUAAAACAUUUACUGACAUUCUGCUUGACUUGGUCACCCUGAACCUUGGAACGAAUAGCUUUCCUAGUAGUUGGAUGCACCUCACCCAACCUGAAGUAAGCUUCAGUUGUGUUUUAAGUCUUCUAAUUGUUUGGGUUUCAAAGCUUUGAGCAUUCUUCUUAUUUGAUCAAAGAGUCAAUAGCCGUAAAAUAAGUAGUACCUGCACAGUGUUUGACAUUUGGUAGAUAGGCAAUAAAAAUGAGGGGAUGAAUGAAUUUCAAACUGAGACACGUAGUACAGACAUGCUCACUAUCUGAAGAAUGAAUGAUGGCACCAAUAGUCAAUGAGACAUUACAGAGGCCACUAGGCUCAACGAGUGAGUUUGUAUCUAUUACUGCCAGAUGGAAUGAUCCUAACUAGUAAUAAUAAAUCAACUGGCAGUCUUUGUUUUUUGUGCUUUAAAAACGUACCAGAAACAAAAUGUGAAAGAUUAUUUCCCUAUGUGCUGGCAAGAGUUUGCACAUCCUGCAGCUGUCAUAGCUGUCUCUCCUCUAUA